AUGUGCCAUUAUGAUAUAUCUUUUACUAAAAAACACUUAAAUGUUAUUACACAAUCAAACCUUUUAAGAUAUUCUUUGAAUAAUUUCACAACAGUUAAAUUAUAUAAGCCAGCCAAAUUUGAAGAGAUAAAAAAAAAACUCUUUCUUAAAAAAAGACUAUUUAAUAUAAUUCACAAAAAAAGAACGAACGAUAUAAAAAGAGAACCCUUUUAUGAUAACAUUAUACAAUAUGCACAAAACAAGAGAAAAAUUUAUCAAAAUGAUAAAUUUAAUGUGAAGGAAACAAAAUAUAAAGAUAUAGAAGAGGAGAAUAAAGAAAUAAAACCAAAUGAAGAUGUAUUUAUAAAUAAAAAUGUAAAUCAUAAUUUAUAUAACCAUGAUCAUAAAUGUAAUGAUAAAUGUAUACAACAAAAAAAUGAAAAAGAAGAAAAAAAAAAAAAAAAGGAACAUAUCAAUAUAGAAAAAAUUCUAUUUAAAACUACUACAUUUAGUUAUAUAGAAUUACAAUAUAUAUUAUCUACAUUUAUUUAUUAUGAAAAAGAAAAUAUAAUAAAUGAUGAUCUUAUAACUCUAUAUAAUUUCUUAAAUCUAUCAGAAAAAGAUAUAUAUGAUUAUUUAUCUGCAAAUGAACUUAUUCCAGAAUAUUUUUUAAAAACAAGAAUAAUUAAAAAUUUGUUAAAAUUUAUUAAUAUUAAUCAUCCGUCUUUAAAAUAA